GCUCCCUUGCAGUUCCCAACUAUAUUUAAAGGUAAAGGUAAGCGUUGAGGAACCUCCUCUUCCGAUAUUUUGAACCCCGAAAUUUCCGUCUCGCUCUAUAUACGCGCUCACUCGAAGAGGAGUUUGGAAGCAGCUAGUAUUGGGUUCUUUCGGAAAUGGGGCAACAGUCGUUGAUCUACAGCUUUGUGGCUAGAGGAACGGUGAUUCUCGCUGAGUAUACAGAGUUCACCGGAAAUUUCACUAGCAUCGCCUCUCAAUGCCUCCAGAAGCUCCCUGCUUCGAAUAAUAAGUUCACCUACAACUGCGAUGGCCACACCUUCAAUUAUCUCGUCGAGAACGGAUUCACUUAUUGUGUAGUUGCUGUUGAAGCUGCUGGUAGACAAGUUCCUAUUGCUUUUCUUGAGCGCGUCAAGGAAGACUUCAACAAGAGAUAUGGUGGUGGGAAAGCUGCGACUGCUGUUGCCAACAGUCUGAACAAAGAAUUUGGAUCAAAAUUAAAGGAGCAUAUGCAAUAUUGUGUGGAUCAUCCUGAAGAGAUCAGCAAGCUUGCUAAGGUGAAGGCUCAGGUUUCUGAAGUCAAGGGUGUUAUGAUGGAAAACAUCGAGAAGGUUCUCGAUCGUGGUGAGAAAAUCGAGUUGUUAGUGGAUAAAACAGAGAAUCUCCGCUCACAGGCUCAGGAUUUCAGGACGCAGGGAAAGAAAAUGAGGAGGAAGAUGUGGUUCCAGAAUAUGAAGAUAAAACUGAUCGUUCUCGGUAUUGUCAUUGCUUUGAUUCUCAUCAUUAUUUUGUCGGUCUGUCAUGGCUUUCAUUGUUAAGUUCCAUCUCGAUUUCCCUCGACAUUGUACACUGGCUCUCUACAUUGGUGGACGAUCGUUCUCGGUAGAUAGAUUCGCAUACCCAACUCGCAGAUCUUUGAUUUUUGAUGUCUUUGAAUCUCUCUCUAGGCUGUAGUACCCAAUUCCCAUCACCUUUCUGCUAGGAUAGUCUGUAUUUUGUAUUUUGUAUUGAUGUAUAGAUACAUAUAUAUAUAAGCAAUUCCUUAAUCUUCAGGUAGACCCGGUUUAUUAUGGUUCAUGUUGUGGAUCCUCCGAUAUGUAAUAAUAGUGAUACUUCCUUUUUUA